AUGUUUUUAGCAAAGCUUUUAGUUUUUAUUAUCAUACUGAUCACUGGGACAGAUGGUUAUCAUGCCUCUAUACUGUUCCAAUGCACCUACAUUUCUCGUGAUCUUAGUGAUGUGGAACUCAUUUAUUCAAUUUCCUUUAAUAAAGCUGUGCAAAUACAAUUCAACAGCACUUUUGGAAAGUUUCUAGGGUUUACUGAGAUUGGAGUGAAACAUGCACACUUGAGCAACAACGAUCCACAAAUCUUGUCGGAUAUAAGCAAUUUGGUAAAUGUGUGCAAACAUUAUGGAGAAAUUGGUUACCCAGCCAUUGUUGAUAAAUUUGUGCAACCCAAGAUAAAGCUUAGGUCAAUGAAACUGGUUGGUAGAAGCUCUCCUGCUGUGUUGGUAUGCAGUGCAUAUGACUUCUACCCCGAACAAAUUAAAGUGUCCUGGCUGAGAGAUGGUAGAGAGAUGACCACUGAUGCAAUGUCUACUGAGGAGCUGGCUGAUGGGGACUGGUACUACCAGAUCCACUCCCAUCUUGAAUAUACUCCCAAACCUGGAGAGAAGAUCUCCUGUAUGGUGGAUCAUGGCAGCUUAAUUAAACCCAUGAUCAUCGACUGGGACCCCUCUAUCUCUGAGUCUGACAGGAAUAAAAUCGCUAUUGGAUCCUCUGGUCUGGUGCUGGGAAUCAUCAUUGCAACUGCUGGAUUCAUUUACUACAAGAAAAAAAUCAGCAGGUCAACAACACAUCGGUGGUCUCUUAUCUGAACCGUCAGGGGGGUCUGCGGUCGCGUCCGCUUUGCAAGCUGGCGCACCAGAUCCUCCUGUGGUCUCUGGGGAAGGUACUCUC